AAACCUUUGUUUGAAUGAAUCUACCGUAUAUAGGAAUGGAUUCAGAGGAGAAUGAGGUGGAGAGCAGCAGUGAUGCUGGCCCAUCAGGGAUGGAGGAGCCAUCAGAAAGUGGGAUAGGAGUGGAAUCAUCAGAGGCCAUGUCUGCAGACAGCAGUGAUGCUGCUGCCUCUCAUUCACAGGCCCCAGAGUCAGACUGUCAUGUGGGACAGAGCUCAGAAGGACUUGUGGUGUUCAUUCCAGAAACCAGCUCUAGUACAGAUGUCAGAGUUUCUUCGGUCCAUCUUCCUGACUCCUCUUCUGUAGCCCAGUCCACCAGCGUGUCCAGUGUCUCCACAGUGACUCAGUCUCUGCUGGUGUCAGAAUCAGCCCAGGUCCUGGUCCACUCCAGCGCUGUGUCUGAAGGAACUAUGAUGGUUUCUGACUCCACCGCCUCUACUUCAUCAGAUCUGGGCUCUGCUAUCGACAAGAUCAUAGAAUCCACCAUCGGUCCUGAUAUCAUGAAUGGUUGCAUAGCUGUGACAAGUGCAGAGGACGGAGGGGCAGAAACUACCCAGUAUCUGAUUUUACAAGGACCUGAUGACGGGGCUCCCAUGGUUGCCCAGAUGUCAUCUUCUGCCCUGUCUAACCGUGUAGCUGUAGAAGCCCUUGCUGAAGGUCCCACAUCCACGUGUCUGGACCAGGGAGAUCUGCAGGGUAGUCUUGAACCAGACCAGCCUGAUGAUCAGCCAGGACACUCAGGUUACCCAGAAGACAGCAAUAGUCAGCCUGACCAGCCCCAACACUCCCACCCCUCCCAGUACAUGGACUGCAGUGCAGAUGGCCCAGAUCAGACAGAGGAGUCUUCCUCUACCUAUUUGGUGUGUUCAGGUGAGGAACCUGACCAGACUCGCUCUCAGCCAGGCUUUCCUGACUACAGUGGGAAUAACAGUGACCAGGACCUGCCUGGAUAUGUAGAGUGCCGUGGUGCCGACUCGGAUCCCACCAACCGAAGUCACUGUGUGGUGGAGUGCAGCACCGGCUACCUCGAGUGCGUGAUGGAUGACCGAGAGCGGCCACACCAUUCACGCAGUUACAUCGACAGCAGCGCAGACCACCGGACUCAGACAAGUCGGCAGUAUGGAGAAUGUGUUGCAGCCGCAGAUUCUGAGCAGCCGGGCUGUUCUCAGUACCAAGCCAGAAAUGAUGAUGAUGAUGAUGAUGAAGACGACGACGAUGAUGAUGAACAGAAUCAAGAUCCGGAUCAGCCACAGCAUUCUAAACAGCAACCACAGCACUCCUGCUACACAGAGAACAGCAAUGGCCCUGAGGGCUCUCUGUAUCAUGACGACAGCUCCUCAUCGGACCACCCGCUGGCAGACACGGCUGGUUCCGUCCGACUUCCUGAGGCUCUGGAAUGCAGCGAGAGUCAACCUGGGCUCUACAUCAGUAGCAGUGGCACAUACGCCUCUAAUACAGAACCUGAACCUCCCCACCAAAGCUCCCCCUGCCAAGAGGAGCCCCAAGGUUCUCAGGAUGAAGCCGGCCGGUCCAGGGACGUGGAAGCAUCAACUGUGGCAGAGGGCUCUGGAGACCACCAGCCUAACCUGGCUGAGUUGGAGGAGAUGAUGGAGGUGGUGAUCAUCCAGCAGUUCAAGUGUAAGAUGUGCCCGUACAAGAGCGCAUCCAAAGACACGCUCAUUAACCACAUGCGGGACAAACACUUUAAAGCUGCUGGAGAAAUGCCAAAGAAGCGUAAACGUGGCCGGCCUCCAAAAAGCGAGACAUUAGCUCGUCAAAAGGCAGAGAGAGCAGAGGCAGAAAAGAGGAAGGUAACUGAGGUAAAAGAAGAGGAAGAGGAGGACGAUGUUGUGGAUGCCGGAGCCAUCGAUGAUCCUGAAGAGGACAGUGACUACAACCCAGUAGAUGAGGAAAGCAAAAGAACACCCCCCUCUAUUCUCAAGAAACCCACUAUUCGCAUCUCCUCCUCUUCACCAGGGCGUCCACGAAGAAAAGUUGGUCGUCCGAGGAAGUACUCCGUUUCAGGUGAAGGUCACGGCAGCAAAGAAGCAGAAAGCCUCCCCAAACGGCCCAGAGUUGAUGUUGAGGCUGGUGUAUCUGAAGAGGCUAGCUCUUCUGGUUUAGGCAAUGGAGCUGGGCUCAAGACAAAUGGAGACACAGCUGAGGCAGCAAUAAGCCAGUCGGACUCUGAGAACAAAGAUCCUUCAUCCCACUCCCAGCCAGAGGAGGAGUUCUUCCCAAGGAAACGGGGCAGGCCAUCCAAGCGCUUCCUACGCAAGAAAUAUAGGAAGUACAUAAAUCGAAAUCGGUACUAUAAAUCCCUGAAGCCUCUCCUGCGACCUCACAACUGCUGGAUCUGUGGUUCUCGGUUCCUCACUCAAGAAGAUUUGCGCUUUCAUGUGGACUCUCAUGAAGGCAACGACCCAGAGCUCUUUAAGUGCCUGCAGUGCAACUAUCGCUCCAAGCGCUGGUCCUCACUCAAGGAGCACAUGUUUAAUCAUGAGGGCACAAAGCCAUUUAAAUGUGAAGAAUGUGAUUACUCAAGUGUUUACAAGAAAGACGUCCUGCGACACUCAGCAGUUCACAACAAAGACAAGAAAAGAAAAACUGAGUUGGCCCCCAAGGUGUCAGACUUUCCCUGCCCUGUGUGUGGCAAGGUUUACCCCAUGCAAAAGAGACUGACGCAGCACAUGAAAACCCACAGCGCUGAGAAACCACACAUGUGCGAUAAGUGUGGUAAAUCCUUCAAGAAGCGGUACACUUUCAAAAUGCACUUGUUAACCCACAUCCAUAGCCUUGGAGAAAACAAGUUCAAGUGCGAGUUUUGCGAUUUUACUUGUGAAAACAAGAAGCUGCUUCUCAACCAUCAGCUGUCCCACACUAACGACAGACCCUUCAAAUGCGACUACUGUAAAUAUUCCACCUCCAAAGAAGAGUUUCUCGUCUCACAUCUAGCCAUCAAACACACGGGGGAGAAGCCUUUUUCCUGCAGUAUGUGUCACUUCAUGACCAAGCACAGGAAAAAUCUGCGUCUUCACGUGCAGUGUCGCCAUCCAGAGAUAUUUGACGAGUGGUCAGUGGCUCACCCUGCAGAGCCGGUGAGAAGACGGCGAAAACCCUUUUUCACCCUGCAGCAGAUAGAGGAGCUCAGACAACAACACGAUGACACGCAGACUUUGCAGAGCACUAUUGUCACUGUGGAUUCAGAGACAAUACAAGCCAUGCAGGGCAUGGAAAAUGCUUCAUUGUCCCAGGAUGCAUUGGGAAACACUACCAUCAUCUAUGAACAAGCUGAAUCUGGUGAUUUGUCAGCUCAAAAUGCUCUGGACCUGCUGCUGAAUAUGAGCAACGCUCGUGAGCUCGUUGGAAAUUCUCUACAGGUAGCCGUGCUGAAUUCGGAUGGAAAACCUGUGGAAAAGGGUCCGAUCAGAGCUGUAACUGUGGCACCUUGUCAGGCUCAAAAGAUUAUGACCGUUCAUGUGAAUGAGAAUGGAGAAACGGUGGCCUACGAGGCCACCACCACGGAAACUGGAGAGAUUGCUCACUUUGCUAUUGAAGCUUAUGAGGACAGUGGGGAGUUUAGUGUAGUGGAGCAGCCUGAUGAAGGAAGUCGUAGUCCAGAGUACAGUAAUGGAGAGAGCAGUCCUUCUCAGGCUUUAGAAGUUUCUGGGUCAGAGAGCCUGAAAGGUGGCAAGUACUAUCUAAGUUCAGCCCUGGCUGAUGGUGUGUUGCAACAAGUGGAGCUGAGCAGUGAAGCUCCAUCCUCUCCUCCUGCAGUGAGCUCCCUCAGCCUCACCACCAAGAGGUUUUCCUGCAGAAUCUGCAUGGAGUCGUUCCAUGGACGCUCCGACAUGGAGAACCACAAGAGGGCACACCUGGACCCCAGUACCUUUAAAUGCCCUGACUGUGAUUAUACCUCCAGUUCCUGGCUUGAAGUCAAAGCUCACAUGGGGAUGCACUCCUACCUGCGUCCUCACAAGUGUCCAAGCUGCAGCUUUGCCUCAAAGAACAAGAAGGACCUGCGCAGACACAUGAUGACGCACACCAACGAGAAACCAUUCGCCUGCGAACUUUGCGGCCAAAGGUUUAACCGAAACGGCCACUUGAAGUUUCACAUGGAGCGUCUCCACAGUGACGACCAUCCUGCUCGGAAAAGCCGUACGACGAUGUCUCAGGAAACCAUUAUCCUCAACAGCGAGGAGGAGACCUUAGCCACCCUGCAGUCCUUACAGGCGCAUCAAACGGUGAUAACUCCGGAGCGGCUGCAAACCCUGGGACAAGAUCACAUUAUUGUAGCUCAGGAGCAGGCACUGUCAGACCAGGAGGAGAGUUCAUACAUCCAGCAGAUCUCCACAUUAGAUGGGCAGACGGUUCAGCACUUGAUGACAGGAGACAAUCAGGUCACUGAGGUUCAGUACAUCAUCUCACAGGAUGGAGUGGAGCACCUGAUACCUCAAGAAUAUGUAGUAGUUGCUGACGGUAAUCACAUUCAGAUACCAGAUGGACAGAUCAUCCAGUAUGAGCAUGAGCAACAGAUCGCUGUAAGUCAUGACGGUCAGAUCCAGUACGUGCCUGUCAGCUCAGAGCAGAUCGUGAACCCUGAAGAGCUGGAGGCAGCUUCACAAUCUGCUGUCACAGGUUAGAGCUGAGAGAAAGAGUCACAGAUUAAUUUAUCAUUAUUACCUUUAUGUAAGUUAAGUCACUUAACUUUAACAUAUGAAGCAAU